AUGCGCGGGAACGGCGCCGUUCGUUCGGAAAUUGAGGCUGUUGGCUUCGCGAUACAAACAAGGCAGAUAAUGGUGGCCGAGGAGGAGAAGCGGGCAAACGCAUCGGACUCGCGGCGCCCGCUCCGCACGGCCUACCGGAGUCGUGUCGAGGUCAAACGCGGUGCUAUCGCGGCGGAGACGCAACCUGUACCUCGCGGCUCCGGUAGCUCAGAGAUUGUGGCCCGCGCGCCGUUC